AAACAAAUCUGGGUUACCGAUGUGUUUGGGAAGUCAGUCACAGCCAACCUCCUGAGUCAAGUGCUGGCUGCCAGGAGAUAGACAUGGAAGUAAUGAAACCUUUAAUUGAUGAACAAAAUUCAGAUGGCAUCUCAGAUGAGGAGCACGAAAAUAAUUUCCUGCCAGUUGAGAAGCAUUACCAGCUUGAUAAUGAAGAAGGCAUUACGUUUAUACAAACACUUACGCACCUCCUCAAGGGAAACAUUGGAACUGGGCUUCUUGGUCUUCCACUUGCAAUAAAAAAUGCUGGCAUUGUGAUUGGACCAAUCAGCCUUGUGUUCAUAGGAGUUAUAUCUGUUCAUUGUAUGCACAUCUUGGUACGUUGCAGCCACUGUCUAUGUCAGAGGAUGAAAAAGUCCUCACUGGGAUAUAGCGAUACAGUUAGUUAUGCCAUGGAAGUGGGGCCCCUGACAGCUCUUCAGAAACGAGCUUCUUGGGGACGGUAUAUUGUCGACUUUUUCCUAGUUGUAACACAGCUGGGAUUUUGUAGCGUUUAUAUUGUGUUCUUGGCAGAAAAUAUGAAACAAGUCCACGAAGGAUUCUUCGAAAAUAAGACUGCUCCCAUAAAUGUCAAUGCCACCAGCAGUUCUUCUGAGAAAAGGAGUACUGAUUUACGAAUAUACAUGCUGUGUUUCCUGCCAUUCAUGAUCCUCCUGGUCUUUAUUCGUGACCUUAAGAGCCUGUCCUUCCUUUCAUCACUUGCCAAUCUGUCCAUGGCUGUCAGCCUGGUGAUCAUUUACCAGUAUAUUGUUAGAGAUAUAGUAGAUCCUCGAAAACUGCCUCCUGUGGUUGGCUGGAAGAAAUACCCACUGUUUUUUGGGACUGCAAUAUUUGCUUUUGAAGGAAUUGGUGUG